UUCUUAAAAAUGUCUCGCACGCCGUCGUCUGCCAGCGAAGAUGACACAGACUCGCUUUUCGGGUCACCCCCGCCAGGUGUGAAGCUCUGAGCUAUCUCUCGACGUAGUGGUGUUCACUCCAACUUGCAGAGGCCACAGCACUUGCUGAAACAGAGGUCGGGAGCAUCGCACUUCCUGGCACUCAUAUGUCAUGCUCUGGAUUACCGACCGUUCUCGCUAUCCCUGACAGUUCAAACCGAGAAGCUGAUCAACCCCAUGUGAAUACUUAUGAGCGUCGGGACAACGCAACUGGAGAAACACUUCAUGGUCCUCAAUAUCCUCCAACACAUGCAACGGACAAAGAGAAAAGGAGAAAGAGGCCAACUACCAGCGUGACGACUGCCGUAACGACACUGUCGCGCGACGACAUCAUCGAACGAGCACGGCAGCGACAACGGCAGUUAAUAGCAGAGAUCGAAUGUGCCAAAGUAGAGUUAUGGGAAACGAGUAUUGAGGGAGGCGCGCUAGUCCACCUCGUUAGGGAUCGGCUGAAGCAAACGGCUCGACCGGGCUCCUAAGCACAAGGAAUCCUAACCGACUCUUAACUGGAAACCAAUACUGGUGUAUUCAUGCUCAAACACGAUGUCUAUAA